AUGGGGAACCUCAGAAACAUUACGUGGCUCAACGGAAUUGACAGUCUACGCCCCGACGACUUGAACAUGAUCCCAUUCGACACCAUCACCACCGAGUCACAAGAUGACUCACUCUGCGGUUUACCCCUCAUUUCGCCACCGCCAGUUUUGUCACCGGGAGAAUUCAAUCAGAUCUUCCCAAAGUCAGUAAACCUCAGCUUGGACGCAUCAUCAAUACAACUAUAUUCUCCCCUCCAACUCAAACAGAACAUAUCACAGAACUGUUUUAAUGAGAGAUUUAGCAUAUCGUGCAUUGCACCAUCGGCUUUAAGACAGACCGAAAUUUUAAAGACCGCGCAAGAAUACACCUCCUUGAAUAUAAAAACACAAUGCAACGGCCCGAAUAAGGACAGAGAAAGCUCCAUCACUUUUAUCGAACAUACUAAGCCAAAGCCUGAGCAGAUAAAUGGCAGCAUCACCUCCAAUACCGAAUCAACCAUGCAACCAUCAAAACCAUUAAUGACCCUAGCCCAUCAUGAACUGCUGCUUAAACGUAACUGUCAAGCAGCGAAACGAUGCCGUCAAAAAAGAAAACUGCAGGACCAGCAGGACGAAUUGACUCUGAAAACACAAGCCGCUAGGAACAAGGAACUGUUGGCUGGUACCAAAAGGUUACAAUACCAGGUGUUGGGUCUGCGACUUGAAAUACUAAAGCAUUCACAGUGUGAGGGGUACAUCAAGCGGUACGUGGAGCAGAUGACGGGAAGGGUCCUUCGUGAGGAUACUGCAAGUGAUGUUUAA